GGACUUGCAGAGUGAGCCCCAGAAGUGACGGACGCCGUUGGCCUUGGGACCUGGCUGCGUUUUGGUCGGGAGCUCUGCAGCUUUGGGAGCCGGCCGUUGCCAUGACGGCACAGGGGAGCCUGGUGGCCAACCGAGGCCGGCGCUUCAAGUGGGCGAUUGAGCUGAGCGGACCUGGAGGAGGCAGCAGGAGCCGAAGUGACCGGGGCGGUGGCCAGGGAGACUCGCUGUACCCAGUUGGUUACUUGGACAAGCAAGUGCCUGAUACCAGCGUGCAAGAGACAGACCGGAUCCUAGUGGAGAAGCGCUGCUGGGACAUUGCCUUGGGUCCCCUGAAACAGAUCCCCAUGAACCUCUUCAUCAUGUACAUGGCAGGCAAUACUAUCUCCAUCUUCCCAACUAUGAUGGUGUGUAUGAUGGCUUGGCGACCUAUUCAGGCACUUAUGGCCAUUUCAGCCAAGGAUGGAGUUCAGUGGAGGAGGACUGCUUUUGUGAACCUGAGAAAGAAGCACGUGGUGCCUGUGUAUCUGGAGCUCAUUUACAGCCGCCUUCAUGCCCAGUGGCUCCUCCUCAGCAUACCAGCCCUUAACAUUAUCACUCACUGAGAAGGACCAAAAGGUCUCUUUUCUCCAUGGUGAAGAGACAAAUCCUAGAAAGACAAUGUACAUAUCACUACAAACACAAAAAAACUAUACCACAACUCUUGACUGAAAAUAAGGUAGAAAACUUUAUUUAUGUUUCCAGUAGAGAGCAAAACAACAAAUAAAACCAUAAGUCUGUAAACAAAAGAGUGGUUGCUGAUAAAUCAAGAGCUACAGCAGCAUCUCCUUUUAAUAAAUUAAAUGGUUGAGAACAGUGCUUUAAAAAAAAGUUGCACAAGUUUCCCUUAAAUCUAUCCUCCUUAAUAUUUCACUUCUAUUUAACACAAGCUGGGACAUAAAAAUUCUGUUGGAGAUACUAGAGAAAUGUGAGAAAAUGUGAGAAACUAAUGCUGAAUUCAGGUUAUACAUGAUGAAAAGAAAAAUAAACCAGACCAAAAAAGCACAUAA